ACUUCGGUUUGUUUGUUUGCCUGUUUCAUUUUGUCAUCUCGUUCGCUCCUACGCUCCCUUGCUGCUACUGUUGUUCAGUCUCUCUCUCUCUCUUUCUCUCUUCCACGUUCUUGGUUCUCUUCCGCGCGCUUCGUUCGCCUUUCCGUCCCAAACAUCGCCAGUAAAUGAUUGUACGAAAAAGUUUUUUUUUGCAAAACCUUUAGUGUUCGAUUCGGUGUGUUUGUGUGUGCGACGCGCAUAUGUGUGCCCAUCGGAUUUUCCUUUUUCACACACAAAGUGUCUCUUUUUCAGUGUCUGUUGUACAUUUCGUUGGUGCAUUCAUAACAAUUUACACAAUAAAAAAAGAUUUCUUCUUUUUUUUUGUAUUUGACUACACAUUUACUUUUUAAUAUCAAAAGCAUACACAAUAUUAUUAUAUAAACCAGCCUUUUGCUCAUUGCAUUUUUUGUAUAGUGUACAUACAGUGUUUGAAAUCGUCUUUAUUUUAUUUAUUUCGUUAAUUAUAAGAAGAGAAACGACAGAAAAGAAGAAGCGAAAGAAAAAACGCGCAGUGCGAAUGUCGUUGAAGAAGGAAAAUGAACAAACGUAACGCGAUUGAAAAUGAAUAAGAAGAAGCAGACGGAUAAUUACAAAAAAGACUUUCCUAUUCUUCAAUUUUCUUCGGUUCACGACGGCCAUGGGAAAAGUGUACUUUUGUCAGGAUAAUCACCGUAUCGAGUGGCGUCAGCAGCACAUCAACGCUCGGAGGACCAGCAUAUCCAAAAAGUGGGAUGUAUGAUUUAAAAUAAAGACAACGACUUUUCAAUUUAAAUAAGAAAUCUGUGAUCACAAACACACACACAUACAUACACACGCACCAGAAUAAAGUCAGUGAUUUAUCUUGCAAAGCAAUAGAGGAGAAACAAGCACCCAACAGUGAAUUGAAUUGUAUUUAGCAAAAAGCUUUAACUUCGUUUGAACUACCAAAAUUUUAAAUCUUAUGCACCCGAUAUUUUGAAUACGUUACGAGUAUGUUCAUGCCGAGAUACGCCAAUUAGUUGAAUAUUGUGAUCAUGGAAGCGCUGAUUUUGCUCCUUUACGACAAAUUAACUUGAUUUGUACGUUUAUACUUUCUAUCUUCGUAAAUUGAUUCUUCCAACAUUUCGAAAAUUUAAUAAAAGUGAAAUUGUAACAAAUACAUAUGCCAGUAAAAUAAAUAAAUAUUAACUAAUUUACAAAGGAAAAAAAACACCCGAAUGGUAGGAGAUUUAAAAUUAAAAUUACUAAAACAGUUUGAUUGGCAUAAUCGAAACAACAAAGUAAUAAGUGGAUGUGUGUAAAUUUAAGUGCAAGCAAAAAGAGAAAAAGAGAGACAUUUCCUUGCUUGACCAAGCGAAAAGGUAAGAUCGAAAUGGUAGCCAGCAUCAGGUGUGCUGUAUAAACGUAGCUGAAAAGAGUUUGUGAUCAUCUUCUACGUACAUCGAAAACGGCAACCAAAUCCAGCCAGCCAGUCAGCCAACCAACAAACAAAAACAGAAAAUACCAACGACCGAAACAAAGCCCAUUGCAAGCAAUUCAGACGACCUCGAAAAUAACUACUAGCCGCAAAUCAUAUUUAUUCAAUCUAAAAACGACGACCACGACGACCACGACGACCAUCACCACAACGACGACGAAAAAACGAGAUACACUCCGUGGUAAAACCCAAAAAAUUUGUUCGCGACGUCGAUAUGUUUAUUCCAGGCUCGUUGCAGAGUUGCAUGAUCGAAACGGAUGUAUCAUCGUAUCUGCAAACUCCAUCCUCAGGACAGGACGAGUUUCACCCAUUCAUCGAAGCACUUUUGCCGUUCGUCAAAUCAUUCUCAUACACAUGGUUCAAUCUUCAAGCGGCCAAACGAAAAUUUUACAAAAAACAUGAAAAACGAAUGUCACUCGAAGAAGAGAAAAAUUGUAAAGAUGAACUUCAGAAUGAGAAAGCGGAGGUGAAACAGAAAUGGGCUUCGCGACUGCUGGGCAAGCUGCGGAAAGACAUAACGCAGGAAUGUAGGGAAGACUUUGUACUGAGUAUUACAGGAAAACGUCAGUCGAUAUGUGUCUUAUCAAAUCCAGAUCAAAAAGGCAAAAUGAGGCGCAUCGAUUGUUUACGGCAAGCCGAUAAGGUUUGGCGUCUCGAUCUUGUUAUGGUGAUAUUAUUUAAGGCAAUACCUUUAGAAAGUACGGAUGGCGAACGCUUGGAAAAGAAUCCUGAAUGUUUGCAUCCCAGUUUAUGUGUUAAUCCGUAUCAUAUAAAUGUGUCGGUGCGCGAGCUCGAUUUGUAUUUAGCCAACUUUAUCAAUGCUUGUGAUUCAAUCAGUCCGCCACUUUAUGGCACAAAUAACAAUAACAACAACAAUGAUAACAAUAAUCGCACAGAAAAUGAUCGAAAGCGCAAAGGAGGAAACCACAAUCCAUACAAUGGUGUUGUUUGCAACGAUACUAUUUUAGCCACUGGAGUGUUUUCUUCUAGAGAGCUGUGGAAACUUUCAAGAGCUUCGAUCUUAGACGAAUCAGGUGAUAGCGCUGGCCUCGUGGGCGCAGGUGAAUCGACAAUAAAAUUAGAAAGCUCAAGCGGUAGCUCAGUGAGUGGUGCCGCUGCGAUUGCUGCAUACUAUUGUAAUAGUUACCCAUUAACAACGAGUUCGCCGGGACUUGUAACAGCUGUUUCCACAGCUGAUCGAAACAGUUCAAUGCUUGUUUCGGGCACAUACAUUGAUCCGCGCACAAUGCACAUGUCGACAGGAUCGCCUUUGUUACGUGAUACGAAAUCAGAAUCAUGUUCAUCUCCUUCGGAUGAUGCAGGUGUGAUAAAUAAUUCGUCAGCGGGAAGCUUUUCAGUGAUUUUUCGUCCAGGUGAAACACCGAUCAGCAGCGGAAUUACACCAACAUCCGACCACGACACAAUGUCUUCGCAUCGAUAUUCAACACAUACUGCUUCACGAUUGAGUGGCGUUCACUCGAGACCGGAAGAAGUUCUUAUCCAAACCAGUACACAAACACUCAGCCCAAGUACUGGUGUAUUGUAUCAGCACAGUCCAUCGGAUGCAUCGGAUUAUCAUACGUCACAAAAUGAUAACAAGUCUCAGGUGCAGCAGCAGUCUGCACAAAUUUCAGCUGAACCGAUACAACUACAGCGACAAACACACCAUCAACAUCAAAGUCAUGGAGCAGGAACGCCUGGUCACAUUGAUGCAAAAUAUCAGGAUAAUGUCAACGGUCAUGACACGCUCACCGAUUUCGUAACAUUUGUUUGCCAAGAAACUGACAACAGUCCACAAAGCUCGCAGCCUCAAUGUAUCGCACGAUCGGCAAGUCCGAAAUCACACUAUUCACAGUACAGUUCAAUGCUGCCACCACCACCGCUGCCACCAAUGGCUCGGCCGGUCGCCAUAAUUCGAUCAACAGGGGACUUGUCAAUUAUUAACUCACCGCCGACAUCGAUAACGCCACCAACCGUAAACAAUAUGAGUUCACCGCAUCAAUCGGAGCAUAUGAGCGAAACAAACGAGCUGGGCAGUGGUUCACCGCCAAUGAGCCCGCAUAAUUCACAUCAACAACAGCAACUACACUAUAAAUUUGCUGUUGCAGGUGGAAGAGAGUACUCAUUCAAUCCAUUUCAUAGUACAUCGAGCCAGUUGUUCAGUUACUCCAGCUCGUUGACGAAUAUGUCGGGUGUAAUAAGUCCAACGAAUUUAAGCUUAUACUCAACGCCGAUAACGGCUGCUCCACGCACAACUGCCCGAACGCGAUGGAACACGUCAGUGAUUUUGGAAGAGGAUUUUAAUAUGGUGGCCCAGCAUCCGUCGACAAUGUCGAAUUCCAAUUCCGAUGCAAAUUCAAUUAUUCUAAUGGAAGAAGAUCGAUACUUUGCACAACAAAACAGUACAACUCGGCAUGAUCAAAAUCAGCAUCAGCAUUCGCAACAGCAACACAAUCAAUCACAACUUGAUCUUGAAUAGCGUCAGUCGUACCGCGCAAUCGUAGCCAAUUCAUUUGUGGGAAACUGAGAUGAAUCGUCGAUCGAUUUAAUCCACCCUAAAACCAUCCAAGCUACUGUUGCGUUUGCCGAUAGAGAGCAAAACAGAGAAGAAGACGGAUCGAGUUAGUUUAUUUUGUCAAUAUGAUACACGAGGCCAAACAAAAAACCUUGUCAAUGAUCUCAGUCCAAUGAUACAAAACCAACAAAAACACGACGCUUUUUCAUGCUGACACAACAAUGACACAUAGAAUAAGUGAUUCGUAGUUGUCAUGAGUGAUUGAAAGAGAAAAGGAAACUGUAUAGAGUAGGAUUAAACAGAGUUAAACAAAUUUGCCGAAUGGGAUAAGAUGGGAAGGAAAAUUAAACAUGAACAAAACAGAGAUCCAACAAAACCAAACCACAGUUCAGUUGAUUUCGUUAUAAAUGACUCCAUGUGAUUUGUUACAUUUUGGAUUUUUUAUGUUCUGAAAAUCGAUUUGAAGAAAGCAUAAAAAUGCGCCGAAUGUUGUGCGCACGAACUCAAUUCUUAUUGUGGUAUACUUUUUCAGGGGAUAAAAAUACAUCAGGUGCGCACAAUGAAAAUUAAGUCACACAUACACACAAAUACGCCCCAAUAAGAAUGUAAGAUGAGUUACCUCGAGGUCAAACCAUUCGAGAGGACGAUAAUCGAUAAAUGGAGAAUUAAAUAUUAAAAAACCAAUGCCGUUACUGAAAUACUAUUUUUUGACUCGUAUUGGCAUGUUGAUUAUCUCGUUUAGGUGUUUUUAAUCGUUCGGCCAAUUCGCUUGCAUCGGUCGUUGCCAAACAUACGGAACAUUUUGCAGUUUCCAAUCAUUCAUUUCUGGUUUUGUGUCGUGCUACCUAACGAUAUAGAGUCACACAUAGAAACAAAUUUUUCGCUGUUGAAACUUUUUUGUACAUAGUUAGACAUUAGAAUUGUAUUUAAAUUAAAUUUUAAAAAAACGAACAAACAAAAAUCACCAGUGUGUGAAUGUCAAGGCACAAGUGUUACGAUGUUUUUCUUUUUCUUCUUUCUGUUUGAUAAUGGUAUGUUUGAUUUUUUGUUUUAAGAAAUGAAACAGAUAACCAAAAAUUCUCAAUUAGAUUGAGAAACAAUUGAAUAAAAUUAGUCGUGAUGUGAUAAAAAAAAGAAGAAGAAGAAGAAGAAGAAAAAAAACCGGCAAAAAUUGCCCAUUUAUUGAAAAUCAAAAGCCAAACUAAACAAUGAAUGAUGAUGAAAACAGAAAUGAUCAAAAUAUGGUGCAAAACAGUGUUAAAAUGUUCAACAUUCGACUGCAGACGUAAUUUUUACAAUGGCACAAUUUAUAUAGCUCUUUGCUUUAGGUUUAUAUAUAAAUAUAUAAUCCCAUCCUUUGCCAGGUCAAAAAAUGAAACACUCAAAGCAACCAAAAAUGAAUGAAUGAUAAUCUUGCUAUGUUCCUGUUGAUGGCUUUAGUCGAAUCUAUAUCGAAACAAAUAAUAAUAAUCCAUUCAUAUUCAUUGCGGAUGAAAUACAAAACAACAACUAAUAAUCAAAGCGCUUUUAAAUAUAAACCAAAACAAACAAACAAACAAACACACACACACAUCUAUAUAUAUUUAAUUUAGGAGAAUCAUUAACGAGAUGAGAAGAAGAUUUAGUGCUUAAAAACCAUAUGCAAUAACUAGAGAGUAGGACUGUUGAAUCAUAUUUAUAUUCGAAAAAAGAAACAGAAGAAAAAAAAAUCAUACAGACAUCUAGGUCAUUCAUGUACAUUUGAAGGUCAUCAACAAUAAGCGAAAAGUGCCUAGAGCCGAUAUGAAAAAAAAAACUCUUCAGAAGUAUUUAAAAGUGAAGGAAAAAACGAAACAACAACACAAAUCGAAUGAACGAUUUUCCAAGCCUCAGAUUUGAAUUUCUCUGCGAUUCGAAAAUAAAAUAAAUGCGGAUCAAAAGCAAAUUCGUGAUGCCAUUUGUGAAUAUAUUUUUCUGAUGUACCGGUUUCAUGCUGUUAAAGCAUUUGUAUUUUGUUCAUUUUCAAAAACAAACAAAAACUCCGUUGAUCAGAAUGUGCCUUUCUGGUGAAUCGGUGUUAACUUAUUAUUAGGCGAAUAAAUCGCCUUACGAAUUUGUCUCAUAGAGCGCUCAGUUUUAUUGAAUGAUCCAAUUUUUGAUCGAUGCCUCAUGGACUUGUAAGCAUGAAGGAAGCUUUCUUCGUGGAAAAAAUGGAACAAUUUCCAUAUUUCAAACGAGUAGAGUCGUCCUUUAAAUCAGACAACAUGAAAUUCUUUAUUUUGGAUAAAUCUUCUCAUUCGAUUUGCCAUACAUAAACUAAAUCGGAAAAUAUUCUACUUGUGAAAUCGAAUGAGAGAAAAAAAAAUGCCCAAUGAUUUUACAAGGGACUAAAAGCACAAGGGACAAUGAAUUGUUGCAAAUAUGCAUUGGCACAUUCGAUUUCCAUGUAAAAUGAACUCCGUAAUUGAAUUUAGAAGAAAAAAAAAUAUCAGCCGAUGAUAUAAGAAUUUAAUUUGACGGGUCGAAUUUCCAGUUAAUGCUCAUACGACUGAGCACUGCGUAGUGCAUGUAUUAAUUACAAUGCGCGCGAUAGCAACAAGCAAGAAGAAGAAAAAAAACACGCAUAGAGUAGCUUUAGACCAUUUAUUAAAUGAUAAUAAUUAUAAUCAACAAGACAAAUACAAAAACAAUUUUUUUAAAAAAAACCUACGAUUACUUCCAAUAAUGUGUGCUAAAAAACAACAGAA